AUGAUAAGGUUGUCUAGAAGCAGAGGCGUAGGAGGAGGAGCUUUGGCCAGAGCGAAAGUGCAAAGAGGGCGAGAGCUGUUGGCCGGGGAGGACGGUGAAAGGAGAAGGAGACGGAUGGAGAAGCGAGGUGGGGAAAGGGGGGAUUGGAAGGGUGGGAUUCCAAGACGAUGGUUGCAAGAAGAUGAAUCGACGGGUGAGAAUAGGCCAAUGGUUUUGGAUUUUGAUGAGGAGGAUGAGGAGGAGGUGAAGCUAUGGGGGGGGCACUGGCAGUGGCUGCUGCGGCAGGUGGUGGUGGGGAGGCAGAGAGUGGCGGUGGAUGCAACGAGUGCAGUGACAGCAGCGAUGAUCAUAGAUGGUGCUCCUGUGGAGAGUGCGGAGCAUGGGGAACGCGGUCACAGCCAACUGUGGCUGGCUGGGGGGUGUGAGCGCGGGGGGGUUGGGGCGGAUUCUGGCGAGAACGGGGGAGGGGAGGGGAGAAUGAUGGGGAAAGGGGAUGGGGGGAGAGGUGUGUGGGCGGGAGGAGGAGGAGGAGGGGCGUGGCACUGUGAGGUGAACAGGCGGUUGGAGGAGCAGGGUGCGGAGCAGCAGAGGCGGGUGCUGGAUGAGGGAACGUUGCGAUUGCACGCUGGCAGUAGCAGCAGUGAUGAGGGAGGAGGCAGCAGUGGAGGUGUGGAUGGCAAGACAACAGGCGGCAAGAGGAAGGAGGUUCCUCAGUUCUCGGUGUCGGUCCCUUCCACCAUGGACCUGCCUUGGACUGCCAUGCCCUGCCAUGACACCAUGACGUCUACAUCCGUGUGCCUGCUCCCCCGCGUGCGCCCCUCCUCCUGCCCCUGUGAGCUCACUCCCUACCACGGCCGCACAGCAUCGGACAGCAUACCCGCCCCCCAAGACCCCCUCUACUUCACCUGCAGCGUGCCGGCUGCCCUCGCCUUGCACUCCGAGUCCGCCCGUGCUGCAUCAGCCAACCUCUCGGGUUCUGGUCCCACUCCCGCUGACUCUCAUUCCAGUGGGUUCGAAGGCCAGACCUCUGUUUCUGCUGCUGUAGGAGGGGGAGCAGGAGAGGCGCAGGGGGGUGUGGGAGAGGGAGGGGGGGCGGUGGUGAGGGAGGGGCAUGCGCUGCAGGUGCUGCUGCCUGUGGUGGCGGACAGGCAUGGCAUGGUGGUGCUGGUGGCUGUGUCGGACGGGGACCAGGACAUGCUGCUCAGCUUCGUGUGCAUGCUGCGGCAUCUCAACAUCACCAAUUUCCUCAUCGCAGCAACAGACCUCCCGAUCCUCUCCUUCGCCUACCUCCACUCCCUCCCAGUCUUCCACCUCCCAUCCCUCGACACCCCACUCUCCUCCUCCUCCUCCACCUCCUCCCUCUCCCCAGCCCACUGCACGUCCCUCACCUGUCGCCGCCGCCACUCCAUGCACGUGCGCUCGCGAGCAGCUCUAGCCAUAGUGCGCCUCGGCUACCACGUCGCCUCCACGCUUGUCGACACAGUCUGGUUCCACAACCCGCUCCCGGACCUCCUAGCGUUCGGGCCCAAUGCCGUGGCCAUUCAGAGCAGCGUGACUGACGUAGAGCAGCCGGCGAAUAGCGUCGAGGGCACGAGCACCAUGAGCACAGGGUUUUUCUUUGUAAGGGGAGAGGAGAAGUCUGCCGCGGCGCUGGCCGCGGUGGUGGCGCAUGCGGGGGGGAGCCGGAUGGCGGAGCAUCUGAGCUUCUUCCGUGUGCUGUGUGGGGAGAACGGGCAGCUGCUGUUGGGCUCAGACGCCUGCCGGUCACCGUCAGGGGUGAAGACACGGCUGUUGAACCGCCGCCAUUUCCCCACAGCAGCCAUGUUUGGCCUGUGGGACGCGGAGAACGUGAGAAGGGCGUGUGGGCGCAUCGGGUGCCGCGUGCUCCCCAGCGACCACAAGCUAGCAGAUAAGGCGGAGAAAUGCAGACGGUUGCAAGAACGUGGGCUGUGCUACUACAGCCUGCCGUUCUGCCAGCCGGAGGAGGGAAUACAGCGACUGGACGAGAAUUUUGGCGAGGUAUUGAUCGGAGACCUGAUCGAGAACUCGCCGUUUAAAUUCCGCACGCUCGCCAAGCAGCGCGCCGUGAAGGCAUGCGACGUGGGUCCCCUCACCGAAGCCGACGUGGAAGAUCUCAAGUCCAAGAUCGACGGCUUUUAUCACGUCAAUUUCCUCCUGGAUAAUCUCCCAGUUACGCUCUUCUCCCUAGAAGACAACGAAGGUGACAUUCUAACCGGCAUCCCCAUCGGUUAUAAUCACAACGGCCAGUACUACCUCUACAAUCACAUCCUUUUCAAGGUCCUGGUGCAUGAAUACGUCGAGUCGCCCGCCGCACUGGCCGGAAUGUCGAUGGGGUAUUCGUCCGUUGACGUUUUUCCUCAGGAAGGAAGCUACGCAGAUCAGGGUUCAUCCCCGAACGGCACAGCGAACGGGUUCGUGGUCGUUGGCUUCGAAUCCGCGGCUUGCAGUAUCCGCCGCUCUCCGGAUCCCGAAAUCCCGCGCUACUCGACGCUCGAUCCGAUCGAUUGUUUCAGAGGCGAUCCGCAGCCCAUAACUCCCGGGGAAUCCAUUGUCGUCUCCUUCGACGUGCUGUGGGAGAAAAGCCCGAUUCAGUGGGCAAGCCGCUGGGACGCGUACUUAAAGAUGCGCGGCGAUAAGGUCCACUGGUUCUCCAUUCUCAACUCCCUCGUCGUCAUCUCCUGCCUGGCCGCCGCGGUUUUCGCGAUUCUCCUCCGAUCCGUGCAUCGCGAUUUAGCGAGGAUCAACAGCAGGGACAAGGAGGAGGCCCAGCAAUUGGCGGACGAAAGCGGGUGGAAGCUGCUGGUGGGGGAUAUUUUCCGGUCGCCUCCGCAUCCCGAGGUGCUGUGCAUUAUCGUGUCGAAUGGCUCGCAGCUGCUCUGCAUGGCAGUGGUUACCAUCUUCUUCGCAGCGCUGGGGUUCAUGUCUCCUGCGUCCAGGGGUGCUCUGCUUAUGGGCAUGGUGCUCUUUUACCUGCUUCUCAGCGUCGUUUCUGGUUACGUCGCCUCCCGCAUGUGGGUAACACUUACUGGCGCCACUGUUGCCAGUGCCGGCGCCAGCAACAACAGCAGCGACGGUGGCAGCAGCAGCAGCAGUCCUCUUUCGAAAGAAGCAGCAGCGGCAGUUAGGGUUUUGGCAAUCAAAGUAGCAUGUUUUUUUCCUGGGAUCUGCGCCGUGACCCUCCUAGUCAUCAAUCUGUUCAUCUGGGCCACAGGUAGCACAGGCGCCGUGCCGUUCUCUCUGUUCUCCUACCUCUUCCUCCUCUGGUUCGUCAUUUCCGUCCCUCUUACCAUCCUCGGUUGCAACCUUGGUCUGAAGGAGCAAAAAAUCGCCUAUCCGGUGCGGACAAAUCAAAUCCCAAGGGAGAUACCGGACCCGAAUUACAUACCCCACUUGGGCUUUCAGGGCUACGGAAGCUACACCCCCUGGUUACUUAUCCUAGCUGGGGGCGUCCUCCCAUUCGGCACCCUGUACAUUGAGCUCUACUUCAUUAUGUCCUCGAUAUGGAUGCAGCGGGUGUACUAUGGGUUCGGAUUCCUCUUCGUCGUCCUUAUCCUGCUCAUGCUGGUGUGCGCAGAAGUGGCUGUAGUCUUCACAUACUUCCAGCUCACCAUGGAAGAUUACCGCUGGUGGUGGCGCAGUUUAUUCGCUUCAGGGUCGGUUGCGUGUUACGUGUUCCUCUUCUGUGUUUUGUACCUUGUGGUGGACUUGCGACACAUGCGCAGCCUGCUGUCUGCCACCAUAUUCCUCUGCUACUCCCUGCUCAUGUCGCUGGCGAUUUUCCUCGCAACUGGGACUGUGGGAUUCUUCGCAUCCGCUUACUUUGUGUACUAUAUUUUUUCAUCCGUCAAGCUUGACUAG